AUGUCUGGGAGUUUACCGAGUCCCCGGUCCGACUAUGGACUCCGGACAAGGUGCAUUCCUCAAGGCUUUCCUGUCAAUAUGAACAAGUUGGGAAAACAAGGUAAAAAAACUGCUAAACAAGCUGUUUGUUCAAAUAUAUUUGAGACUGAUGCAACCGAUAGAUACCAACUUGGAAAGGUUCUCUUGCUUCGGAUUCAUGCCGGUUGGCCUAGCUUUUUAGCCAAUCAGGUCAACUGCACCUUUGUCACGGCAGUCUACGAAUGUCUCCAAGUUCAGACCUCUGCCAAUGAUCUGAUCUCUGCCAGCCUUCAGGCGAUCGUCGACGUCGACACCCAGGCUCGACUCGCCGAACUGCAGCCACUCUGGAAGGAAUUCGGCCCCAGCCCCUAUCAAGAUUCAGCAAUCUUCUAUACUAUGCCGCCAUGGAGAUUAAUUUACGAUCAAGAUGAGGCUUGGCAAGACUCUCUAUUGUUCAGUCGAGCUUCAUCCGCGCUGCCAGAUGUCCCGAUCGCAUUGGGCGUCGAUCGUGAUGAGGCCCUCCAGCUCUUGGCAUACAAUCUUCCGGAUCCAUUGUCCAAAGUGGACCCUUCAACAGGAUUGCCAACACUUACGAAAGAAAUGGGAGCAUCAAAUUUUACUGAGGUGGUGCAGGCCUUUAUUCUACCCGCAAAGUUAGUCGCUCUUGACAUGCUCUUUGACGUGAUCGCUUACUUCUACCCGGACCGUGACGGCGCUGAUCCGCGUCAGCGAAGCUUGCGACAAUUGACUGGGUCCAAGCGCAAACUCCUCCGACUCGAACGUGUCGCCGGGGACAUGGAUUUCGUCUGCACGACACUGGCAUUUGGUGAAAUCAUGAAGAGACGAGAAUCAAUCAGUUACCAGUAA